GGUCCUGAAUUUGUUUAUGUGCAUACACUGAUGAAUUGGUACAGUGCUCAGAACUACUGCAGGAAGAACUUUGUUGACCUGGCCACCAUAAAAAAUAACAGAGACAACAAGCAAGUGCAGGGACUGAUACCUACAUAUAAAUAUCCAUGGAUUGGCCUAUAUAUAGAGCCAAAUCAUCACUGGUCUGAUGGAAGCAGCGUCCUUUUUACCAGCUGGGAUACCACUGGUAUUCUGAUCGGCUCCAGGGCAGUUAUAUGUGGUUCUACAUCUACUGGGAGAUCAGGAAGAUGGAAAAUGUUAUCCUGUGAAACAAGAUUACCCUUUGUCUGUUAUGGUCCUCCUGUUGUAAAACAGGUGGUGAGGCUCAGACUUCAUGCAAAGGACUCUGUGGAUCUGAAUGACCCUGUUCUAAGAGGACACAUCCUGAUGACGCUGCAAGACAAACUGCAGGAGAACGGAGUGAGUGGAGUUACCCUGAAGUGGAGAGUGCAUUCUGAUGGGAAAGUCUUCAAAAAGGAGAAGAAAGAAUUAUAAACCAAGAAAUAUGAAACCUGAUUUCUUUGUUUUAAGUUGAUGGCUAAU